AUGGAGAGAAACAAUAUCCAGCCGCCACAAAAUAAUCUACAGCUAAAAAGUUACUGGCUAAAGGAGAUGGAAGGUGACUUGGAUUUUAAAAACUAUGAGUUUCCCUUGGCUAAGAUCAAGAGAAUCAUUAAAUCUGAUCCAAACGUGACUAUGCUCGCAUCUGAGGUUCCUCUCCUCUUCUCUAAGGCCAUUAAGAUGUUCAUCAUGGAUCUCACCAUGCGUGCAUGGCGCCAUACGCAAGAGGGAAAUCGCAUAACGAUUUAUAAAUCAGAUAUCGCUGCCGCGGUGGCUCGAACCUUUACGAUGGAUUUUCUUCUUGAUGUUGUCAAUGCGGAGGAGCCUGUUGCUGCAAUAUCUAACUACGUGGCCAUGCCAUAUCACAACAAUGAUGUAUUGCCUCCAGGAAUGGUGAUAGGAACUCCUGUUGUUGAUGGUACCGGAAUAUACGGUGACGUACUCCAGCCGUGGCCGGGUGCUUGGAACAUGGCGCCUAGUGAGGGUCGUGAAGGAGAGGAUGCAGUAGGGGGAAACAACAUACAUUAA